GGCACAUUGGAGCAUGUUUGAGCUACUGGAGCAGGCUUUAUUUUGAUAGAGCGGAUCAGAAAGCGACAGAGAAACUAAAGUCCCGUUUUCUGAAGUGUUUCACUCUUUGAUCAACGGCGCUUAUGAAAUGUAUUUUUAAUUAGCAUGCCACUAGUAAUUAGCCAGAAUUUUCCCACGGCCGCUUGAUGAAAUGGCAGACGUAGGCAAAGCCGUCGAGAGCGGUUUGGUGUGAAGCGCUCCGUUUCAGAGAAGCCUGCAGAAAGCGAGCUGUUCACAGCGGCGGUGACGGGAGUCGGUCGCUCGCCUCUAAAGCCGCCCUCGCAGAGAGUUAGCGGGUGAGAUGGGUGUGAAAGCGCUGCCUGGCGCGUUGUUUACGGCAGCUUUGUGAUAAAGCGGUGAAGCUUUGGUCUGACACGUUUUAGUAAUCUGUUCAUUUUAAUCCGUUCAAGAAGGAAGAAUACAUGCAGGGUGCUGAGAGAUGAAACCAAAAACUUUCCACCAUCCCAUCAGCACUCCGUUUAAACGCUCAGGCGGUUUUGGAUAGUAAAUAAAUGGCCAUGUUUGCGUGGUACUCGCGGUGACCCCGGUUCCUAUCACCUGAGUAGGUUUUUCUACAAUGAGCCGUCUCGCCUCGACCUACUCUGAAUGGCUUCGUUUACAUCUCGACCGUUUAAUUAAGCAGGAAUUUUGAGAAGUCGGUGGACUUCCCCUGUAGCGGGGCUGCUUCGCUGGAGCCUCGGCUUGUGUAAAGGAAAAAAACGUGGUUUCCUGCCCCUCGUGCUGAGAGAAUGAGUGAGAGAGAGUGAGUGAGAGAGAGAGAGAGAGUGAGUGAGAGAGAGAGAGAGUGAGGGAGGGAGUGAAAGCACUCGCUUCACUAUCACUGACUCAAACUGCUGCGAAAGAACGUCGGGCGAACCCGUGAAACGUUAAAAAGAACAGAAAACGCUAAAAAAAGACGAAAAGGUUCAGGCGAAGUGCUUAAAAAAAACCAGACAGACACAGAAGGUCGGUAUCGUCGCCGUUACUGCAGAACUGCAGACUCCGAGGCUCUGAACGGACCGAGAAGCCGCGCCGUUUCGGUAUGUUGAACCGCAGAAGAUGAGGAGCAGCCGACCGCGCCGGAACGAGCUGUCCUAGCGCCCUGAAGGAGAGCAUUCCCGCCUUUUGGUUCAUCUCCAGUCUCGCGCGUCCGCCUUCGAAUCUUAACGCUCACUUUGAAACCUCCAGCGCUCUGCGCGUCCAGCUGCACCGUUAACCGGCUGAACGUCUCAGACUCGAGUCAUGUUUUUCGCCUUUCGCUUUAUUCACUCGUACUUCGUGCCACGAAUAAGCUCCGAAACGUUUCAGCCAGGACGGUAAUCUAGCGAUAAAGAGUUUUUGGUUGAAGUUGUUUUUCACUUGAAGCUGUGUUUCGUUGUCUGGAAGCGUGAGGAUUUUUGAAGUGCCAUUCAGAGAUUCUGCUACUCCUUUGCUGGUUUACAGACACACUGAGGAACAUGCUGAUGAAAGAGUACAGGAUAUGCAUGCCACUGACUGUGGAAGAGUACAGGAUCGGGCAGCUGUAUAUGAUCAGUAAGCACAGCCAUGAGCAGAGUGACCGAGGGGAGGGCGUGGAGGUGGUGCAGAACGAACCCUUCAACGACCCCACACAUGGCCAAGGCCAGUUCACCGAGAAGCGCGUCUACCUCAAUAGCAAACUGCCCAGUUGGGCAAGAGCAGUGGUGCCCAGAAUCUUCUAUGUGACAGAGAAGGCGUGGAACUAUUACCCUUACACUAUUACAGAAUACACAUGUUCGUUUUUGCCAAAGUUCUCCAUCCACAUAGAAACCAAGUAUGAAGACAAUAAAGGAUGCAAUGACAAUAUCUUUGAUAAUGAGCUGAAGGACCAAGAGAGAGAAGUGUGCUUCGUAGACAUCGCAUACGACGAGAUUCCAGAGCGCUAUUACAAGGAGUCCGAGGACCUGCGCUAUUUUAAAUCGGAGAAGACGUCUCGCGGCAUGCUGCAGGAAGGCUGGCGUGACACGCAGAACCCCAUCAUGUGCUCCUACAAACUUGUCACCGUCAAGUUUGAAGUGUGGGGCCUCCAGACACGUGUCGAGCAGUUUGUGCACAAGGUGGUGAGAGAUGUGCUGUUGCUGGGCCAUAGACAGGCCUUUGCCUGGGUGGAUGAAUGGAUAGACAUGACAAUGGAUGAGGUAAGAGAGUUUGAGCGUACGAUCCAAGAGGCCACAAAUCAGAAGAUCGGAAUGUUCCCACCGUCCAUUUCCAUUGGUGAGACACCGGUCUCAUCUCUGGCUCCUAACGGUCCAGCAAGUGCCCCAUCCACCCCGCUCUACACCGACGCCCCAGAGUUCCUCUCCGUCCCCAAAGAUCGUCCUCGCAAGAAAUCUGCCCCAGAAACCCUUACUCUGCCUGAACCUGUACAAUCAGAGUCUGCUCCUUCCUCUGGUUCAGCCACUAACCAUGCCUCCCUCAGCCCUGCACCCACUCAGAUGGAGUGAUUCGGUUUGAGGCCCACCUCCUCCUGACUUUCUUCCUUCAUUAUGGAUUAUCUUAACACAGUUCAUCUGCCGUCCUCGUUUCACGUGUUCCUGUUAUAAAUGCUAUUUCUGAAAGACUCCAUUUCCUAGAUGUCAUAGCCUAGCAGGUUUGGCCUCUGAUCCUGUAGGUGGGCUUCCUGCCUUGAGUUAACAGUUUAUAUUUUUUCAGUAUCGAAAAGCAUCAGUAGUGUUGAACUACUAUCAUUUAAAUAAUUGGUCAUUUUUGCCAUGCUUUAAAAAAAAUCUUGCAGACUGCUUGCGAUGGCUAGACAGAUUACCUGUUUAUUUUUUUUCAAGCAUUAUGUCAUGAAAUCAUUCCAAUCGAUUAGGUGACUAUCCACAUGUGGCCUAAAUAUGGUUGCCUUAGCAACUGCCAAGCAGAUAUCCAUGAGCAGAGCCUAGGAUUAGGGUGAAAUGUCAUUUUCGAGAAUGUCUCCUCACAACAUGUAGGCACAACUCGUCAAAAUUCAAAUAGAACUCACUUCAUAUUCACUGAUGUUUUCUCUUUUUUCCCUUUUUAAUGUCUGUUCACUCACAGCUGCACACAUGCAACAUUCAGCCAAUCAGAAUGCUUCUCAGGUCUUCAUAGGUCGCAGCCUUUCGAAAAUUAUGGCAGGAAAUAAGUAACACUUCUUUCUCUUAUUGCUGAUUUUUAGAUAUACAGCCACCCAAGUUUCCAGGGUUACCUGACCUGUGGCCCACAGACUAGACUUGUCUUUCCUGUUUUAUUUAGACAUGCUCCAAUCCAGUUUUCUCUCUCUGAUCUCUGAAUUCAGCUGAUAUGGAGUACUUCUAUGAUACCAGUGUUCUGUCCAGUCACUCACGUUUCAUAGUAGCCUCAACAUAAACACAGUAGAGGUUAAUGUAAUAUAGCGGACAUGGUCAAACAACAACGUUCUCUUUAGGAUUGUGCACUUUUGAAUCAUAUUGUUUUAGAAGAUUCAUAAAAAGAUAUUGCAUUGGUCAGUAUUGGUCAGUAUCAGUGCUGAUACUGAUAUGAUUUGAUGACUAAUAUGAUCUUUCCCUGUCCUAACCAGAUAAGCUGUUCUUUAGCAGCCAGACCACAAAUCUAAAUUUAUUGUCAGCUGCAUUCUGUAGCCUUUGGCUAAUACAGUUAUUCUGCAGGGCAAAAGGAUGAAAGCGCCUCUGCCUGCUGCGGCCUAUUUUAGCACAGCUGACAGUAACAUUUUUGAGAGCACAAGGUGUAGGAGAAAAUGAACAACAUAACAGGCUAUUUCACAACAAAAUCAGUCUUACAGACUUGAUAUUUGCUGGAAAUUCACUAUGCUUUUCCCCUUUUCAGCAUCUCAGUCAAAUAAAGGCACGCAUGUUCUCAGCCCUCAGUGAGGAGUUCAGUGGGGAGCGUACAUUUCUACAUUUCUGGGAGGAGUUUAUUGUCUGCAUGUAUGAACGAAUCAAACUAGCCUUAUAAGCCUAACCUUCGCUGAUGUCUCUGGAUGCCUGAUGUCUUAGCUUCCAAUUUACUUUUAGAAUAACGUCCGAUGUAAAUGCACAUGGAAAUGUAUUAAAAGUACACUUUCACUUUUCCAAACUUUUUUCAACUUGGCAAGUUUGUGCACAUUCUUGACUUGAGAGAAGGCUAGGGGAGAAAAAAUGUGACCCAAGGACACCCACGUUGUUGGCUGCACUCUUAAAAUGCUUUCUCAACUAGCUGCUCUUUCCCUUUGGAAACAAACGUAGAUGUGAUUAUUCCAAGCUGCAUGGACUGUUCACAGGCUCAAGCCAUGUGCAUAUCCAUUUAGGAGGCUGGUGAAUGCAGUUCAGUAGUUUUAUACAGAUGAAAGCGCAUCAAAGUGAAACUGAGCAUGCUCUUACUGAAACAGUGGCUCCGACAGUGCCUCUGCAUGCAAGUGUAAAUAAAUAAACAAACUUAAUAUAUGUGUAUACCAAAAUCUCAGACACGUGUACUAGGAAAAAAUCCUCAGUUGAAGUCCCUGCAAGGGAGGUUUUUUUUUGUUUGUUUGGUUUUUUUUGUGUCUUAGUUUCUUUUAAUAAUUGGUAGAAAGAUUUAACGUUCUUUGGUUAUUUUUUAUUAGUAGUAAAUGACUGCUGUGUUUUAAGUCAGUCUGAAGCACCUUGAACGAGAUGUUAUAACUUGAGCCCAGAGCCAUUUUUGACAAAAAAAAAAAAAAGAAAAGAAAAAAAAAUGAAAUUAAGACUUGACCGUGCUGCUACUUGAGUCCUUACAACUGCAUUAGUAUUUAACACCCAAAAUCUUGGAUCCAGUUCUUCUUUCGAUUGUUUUUGGUUCUCAUAUCUGAGUCAAAUUUGGUUUGAUUUUAUUAUUAUUAUUAAUUUUUUUUGUAAUUAGGUCUAAACAUACACAUGUGUUUAUUUCGCUAUGCUACAGUUUCUUUCAGUAAUUCUUUUUCUACUUUCACACCGAAGGAAAAUUUACUGAUGAAUUUUAGUGAUCAUUUAACAUGUGCUGUUGCAGCAGGUCUACCGCAAACAGGCUUGCUGGCAGUGUCUAAUUGGGACUUAACUGUAAUAUGUUAUCUGGAACCCCGGUGUGUUCAGAAAAACUCAGUCUUGAACCUCAGCAGAUAUAGUCUAAGAUCCAUGGCACUGCAUAUGUACCUAGACUCCAGGGAUAUGUUUCUGUUGAAGACCGUAGUGCUUCUGUCUGAAAUGGGUUUUGUAAAUAGGCUGUAAUUUGUUUUGUUUUGUUUUGGGGAGUUUUUAGCUUUGCCACGUGUUCGUAAAGUUGAACAUUUCGGAGUAGAUCUCCUGUGAAGAGUGAGCAUAUUUUUGUUUGUUAAUUGAAGGAUUGUUAUAUAGACUUUCUUGCUUCAAAUGGUUAUUUUUGUUCUGUUCAAGUGCAAAUGCUUUUCCCUGUUAUGCACAGAAGGAUUAAUGAACGUGAAUCAGGUUCAUUCUUACAUCUGCUAGCUUUGCUCUCCUUUUUUCUAUUUUAAAUAUCUUUGAAAACAAGUAGAAGAGUCAUUAAAGACAAAUGUUCUUUUGUAAAUUUUAAACAGAUUAUGUGGGGUUUUUUUGUAAAAUUUAGUAAACAGUGGUUGCUGUUGAGUUUUCUCUGUUUUAAGUAGCUGAUCAGCUUCUCUUAUCUCUUCCCUCUGUGGCCUGAAUAUUGCACUUCAAAGGCCAGUGCUUCUCGGAACACGACUGAACUAAUCUAGGUCCAGUUUCCUGAAAGUAUCUUGUGUUAAGAUCAUCUAAGAAGUGGAUCAGUAAAAAAUCUAAUUUACCCAAUUUGCACUUAUCUCAGAUGUAGUAAAUUGGCCAAGACAUGCUUGGAGUCCAAAUGUUGCAUCUGUAGUAUAGAAUUAGAGCUAUGAGGCUAAUAUUGCUCUUAAAUGGUAGAGUGAGCAUCUCACUGAACCCCCUCUCUACUAGCUUAAAGCAACAGGUUCGUGAAAAAUCUCUGAUAUAGUCGAUUAGCUAAGACGUUUCUGAAGUGCAGAUUUUUGCUUCUAUAGUUUAGGACCCGAGUUACAAAGCUAACAUUGCUAACAAACACUAAGACUCGAAAAAUCACUCAAAUAGCUCAGUUUUUUUUUUCUGUAAAAAAAACUCAACUUCUCAACAUGCUCAAGCCACAUCUAGGUCUUGAUUAAGGUCACUUAGACUUAUUAAUGUGGUUUAAGACACAGAAUGGCUUACUGUGAGCUAUAAAAAUGAACAAAGCUUUGGGCGGUCACUUAAAACAACAGGGUGUGUAUUCACAAACCACCUCAGGAGUCAGUGUUGCCUUAAAUAUGGGGGAACCUGAUCCGAGAUCAGUCCUGCUUUGUGAAUAUCAAACCAUAUUGACAAGUCUGCACAACCUCACUGAAGACCUGGCUGCAGUUUGAGCAGGCUGAGAGAAGUGUCGGCGAUGUAUUUUACUGGAACUUUUUGGGUGACUAUUAAGUUCUAGUGCUUGUUGGCAAUGUUAGCCUCGUAACUCCAGUCCUAAACUAUAGAAGCAAAAUUUUGUGCUCCAAAAAUGUCUUGGCUGAUCAGCUAUAUCUCACACAUUUGUAAAGUUGUGUAAAUUAGAUUUUUCACUGAACUGUUGCUUUAACUAGUAGAGAGAGUGUUCAGUGUGAUGCUCACUCUUCCAUUUAAGGUUCAUUUACGUGCUGGGUUGCUUUUGAGGGCAUUUGGAGCACUUUAACCAGCUCUACAGUGCUUUAUGCUGAUUUAGGUGCAUCUCAGAAGCUUAAGCGGGUAACAUCUACCUAAGAGUCAAAUGACAGGGAGUUUCACCUGUUAUAUGAGUUGGAAAGUAGUGUUGCUGUCAUAUCAGGACUUCAUAUCUCCAUAUUUUGAUGGGUGUGGUGGAGUGGUGGUGCCACUUUUUGAAAAUGCCAGCUUCAUUGCCUGGACAUUUCAUGGUGAAUGGACUAUUAGAAAUGCUCCAAAGUAACUUGGAAUAAAAUCUAAUUACAGUAACUUACAUUAGAAAAAAACUAAAAGGGCCAGAUUCAUGUAGGUGUCUUAAGAAAGAACAUCUUCUUAAAUGUUUCUUAAAUGUUCUUAAGUUUUUUUAUUAACUUCAUUCUUAAGAAAAAUAGUUAUGAUGAAUUUUCUUCUUCUAAUAACUUAAGAACUGUCUUGUUUUCUUGCUGAGCAGAUUAACGUAAUAAUGAAAACAACAGUUUUACAAAUUCCAAAUUAUAUCUUGUGUUCAGGAACAUUCUUGAAUUUCUUCAUGUUUGUCUUAAGAACGCUUGCAGGGUUUUUGAAAGAAAGUUUUCGUGAAUGCGGCCCCAGUUUUCCUUCUCCUUGAAAGCUACUGUUUUGGAUACGGGAGGUUUUGUUACGACAGCAGCAUCACGUUCAUUUCAUACUUUUCCAAACAUGAAGCUCUCUUCUUUUGGGCGGCUGCACAGCAAUACAGUGCUGUGAACUGCCACAGUUGGCACAUUUACUGAAAAAAGCAUGUUUUGAGCCUCAAAGUUUGAGAAAACCAGCCUGAACUUUGGGUUGUAUGUUCCCUGACUUUCACACUGAUGAGCACAGUAAGACUUGAACUUUCUAAUUAGUAGGUAGUAAUCCUGGUGUCUGUAGGUCAAUCAGGAGCUUUACAGCCUUAAGAAGAGAACCCCAAUGAAAUCCGUGUGAAAUACGAGGUCGAGUGCUGUCAGGCCGUUAAGCUCACAGAAUCCAAACGCUGUUAGUUGCACUUGUUUCUGACGGUCCUCAAGAUUUUCACUUUGAGUUUGGGAUAGAUAGUGAUGCUUUUCUUUCCACAGGCCUAUGGAAAAUACGGAGCCCUGCUGAUGACAUCCUGUAUAAAUAAAAAUAACGAGUGGCCACCAAGAUCCUGGCUUACUAAGUCGUGGCCACGGCUUAAUCAUCUCGUUCCCACGCCUUACUAAGUCAUGACCAAAGUCAUGACCACGCAUUACUUUUGUUUAUUCAGGAUGUCACCAGCAGGGCUCUGUAGGAAAGUGACCAAGAUUUUAACCUCUCGUGAGCCGGGGCUGGUGAUGAUGUCAUGCUGGUACAGUUUCUUUGUCCACUACGAAGUGCCAUCCUUUUUUCACUAAUACACGGCCUCUCUGGGUUCCUGUACUCUGGUGUCUUUUUACUGCCCUUAGCUAUUAUUUUGUUCAGAUUAACUGUAAUUAUUGUUUCACUCUUUUCCUAAAUCUUGUAGCAAAUAAAUUUUACUUGCUAUUACA